GUAUCUAAACAACUUUUGCCCCAAUCCAAAUUCGCACUCUCUCUCUCUCUCUCUCUCUUCCAGUCUCAAACCAAACUCUCUCUCCCAUCUAUGGCUUCCCUCAGGCGCAGAACCAUGGCUCCAAAGCCUCGUCCUGUCUCUUCGAAAUCGAAACGGGAGGAUUCUUACACCGACACCUGCUGUGAGGAAUGCGGCUCCGGCGAGAGCCCGUCCGAGCUGCUUCUCUGCGACAAAUGCGAUUGUGGGUUUCACCUCUUUUGCCUCAGGCCCAUCCUCGCUUCCGUCCCCAAAGGCUCCUGGUUCUGCCCCUCGUGUUCGGACCACAAGAAAAAACCCAAAAGUUUUCCUCUUGUCCAAACGAAAAUUGUUGAUUUCUUUCGAAUUCAAAGGUCUUCAGAACCAAUACAGAAGAUAAGUCCAGGUACAGAUAGUCGAAAGAGAAGAAAGAGAACAAGUAUUUUGAAGGUGUCAAAGAAGAGAAGAAAGUUGUUGGCGUUUAACCCAUGUGAAGAUCCAAUAAGGAGAUUAGAACAAAUGGCUUCAUUGGCCACGGCAUUGACAGCAACCGGUGCAGAUUUCAGAAAUGAACUUACUUAUGUGCCUGGCAUGGCUCCUAGAUCAGCAAAUUGUGCAGCUCUGGAACAAGGAGGAAUGCAGGUUUUGCCUAAAGAGGACAUGGAAACCCUGGACUUGUGCAAGAACAUGAUGGAGAGAGGGGAGUGGCCACCCCUCAUGGUUGUUUUUGAUCCUAGAGAAGGAUUCACGGUAGAGGCAGAUAGGUUCAUCAAGGAUUUAACUAUAAUCACGGAGUAUGUUGGAGACGUCGAUUACUUGGAAAAUCGUGAAAAUGACGAUGGCGAUAGCAUGAUGACACUUAUUUCAGCUGCGGAUCCUUCAAAAAGCCUAGUCAUCUGUCCAGACAAGCGUAGUAACAUUGCUCGAUUCAUAAAUGGCAUCAAUAAUCACACACCAGAUGGGAAAAAGAAGCAGAAUGUGAAAUGUGUGAGAUUCGAUGUGAACGGGGAGUGUCGGGCUUUACUGAUCGCAAGCAGAGACAUUCCAAAGGGAGAGAGGUUGUACUAUGAUUACAAUGGGUAUGAACAUGAAUAUCCAACUGAGCACUUUGUUUAGCCUCCUCCAAUCCUUGGCUAUUUGAUUAGGCUAUGACAAGCUAACUUUAUACCCCUUGUGAACCCUUCUCCUUAGUUUAUUCAAACUUUCCCAAGCACAAGAAUUACAAAGAAGACAAAGAAAUCUACUUGUUUGUGUCCUGCUAAUGUAAAUCAUCCUCAUUUUGGAUAACGACGAAUGUAAUCUUGAUUCAAAUCUGGUGAAACUGGGAACUUCAUAUUUGCAAUUCAAUCAUCUUAAUAGAAUUUACUGCUUCCA